GUGAAACAAUCGCAGCAUCGCACACCUCUAAAAACGUCAAUGUCCGAGCGCUUGGCAACACUACUUCCCCCGAAUUUCAAACAAAAUACAAUCGUUGUAUAUAUAACGUAACGUAUAAAGUACAAACAAUGAAGAAAGUGCUCUUAACGAAAACACAGCGCAUACAGCGAGUGUCGAACGGAUCAGACGUGAUAUUGAAGGCAACAGCGCCAGUUCGAGUUGUUACAGAUCCCGUGCCUUUGAACAGCAACGCGUACAUACAACGUAAAUCCUUUCAGUCGGUUUACGGGGAUAUCUUCAGAUUACUCAUGCUUAUACCAGAUAAAGGUAUGCAACAACGUGUUAUCGAUGCCAUUAAUGGACGGGGGGACAGCGAUAAGACAUCUGCUACUGCACCUACUUCGCAUCUAAAUAAACAGUGCUGUUGUGCUGCGAUCAAAGUAGACGCAUUCACACAAACAGAUGAUGAACCGAGGAUACUAUCGCCCAUCACACCUAAUCGAAAUCAUACGACGCCCAAUUUAGUCGAAAAGUUGUUGAUAAAAAAUGAUUCACCCGAUUCGGAUGUACCCAGUGGCUCCAGCCCCGUUCCUAUUCCUAGUCCAGCUCAAUCCAAGACGCAAAUUGUUGGGAAAAAGCGUGGCCGUAAGCGCAACAACUGUGUGCCAAAGGUGGUCAAAGUAUCCGCAGCUGAAAUGAAUCAGAAGGAUCGGGACGAUAAACAACUAACUCCCGUGGCAGCCAAGAAGAAAAAACUGGAAGUUUCUGGGAGCCCAGAGGUAAAACCAGCGAUAUUAGAGCGUCGCGAUUCGAACAUGACGGAUGUAUCAACAAUAUCAAUCAACGUGGACGAAUGUAUCGAUAGUGUCAAUAGAUUUAUAGACGGUACGGAGUCGGAUAAUAUCUAUAAAAUAAUGCUUAAGGAGUUCAAGACGGCCUGUAUUAAGUCCCCUCAAGGCCUGCUGCCCAUCCAUGAUGCAAUUUUAAAGGGGGACAUUAUGGCCGUUAAACGUCAGAUUUUUGUUUACACCCAUAGUAAUAUUAAUAUCAAUGAAAUGCUUAGCGAUGAAGGUGAAGAUUGCCUGGAACUCGCUCUAAUGAAUGAUACUUAUCCGGGAAUGGUCACAACGCUAUUAACAGCCGGCUGCUUGCCCAAUCACAUAUACGAAAAAUCCAAUACGGCCCUCCAUAUAGCUGUCAUCAACAACGUUGAAAGAGAAUCGAUAAGGGAACUAAUGCUCAGCAUUGAUUUGAAUCUACUGCUUCAAACCAACGAUGACGGGUACACAGCUUUGCACUUGGCAGUGCGCCACAAUCAGUACGACAUUGCAGAGAUCAUAUUGGACUGCAUAGACGAGCGUGAAUUGAAUGGGCGGCAGCCAGUUUAUCGAAGGUCAACAGAGACGCCAGAUCCAAGGCUGACGCCAGAGAAAGCGUUUGCCAAAUACUAUGAGCGUGCUUGCGACAGACUGGAAUCCACCAAGCAUAUGCUCAAGGAUCGUCGAUUGAAGCUGGAAAUUCUAAAUGCUGCAGAGUCGAGGGCGGGCAACACUCCGCUUUUCUUUGCCGUAGAACAGGAGCAAGAGCAUUUUUGUUACUUCCUGCUGGCUCACAUGUGCGAUCCGGAUCAAGAAAACUUCAACGGGCAUUCCCCCAAAUCGUUUCACUACGAAUAUGCUCGAAUUUUGCGCAUUAAUUUGAAAAUAUCUCGCGUGAUGGAUAAAGUCAUUCUUAUUUUAAAUGGUUAACGAUAAUUGUACAGAUUCAUUUCUUAAAAUAUUAAUUGUAAAUUGGUUAAAGAGUAAACACAUUUAGGCCCAGUUUAGUUCAAAAUUGGU